UAUAGAAAUUUCUACAGUUUUGUUGCGAUUAUUUGUAAUAUCCGAGUCUUAUACAAGACUUUUCUAAAUUAAUAAAAAUCAAAAUUACAUGUAAAUAAUUUGAACCUCAAGAUGGACGUCACAACCGACCUCAGUCCCGCAGAAAGAGUCUUCAGGCGGUUUGAGUUCAUAGCUGAGUCCCCGGGGGUCGGGUCUUGUCUGUUCGUGGCUCUAAUUCUGGCUUCACUUGUAGGAGCGUUUGGAAAUCUACUCAUCCUGGUUGCUCUUUGCAAAUCGAAGAAAAUGAAUUCGAUAGAGUGCAUUUUCAUCGGCAACCUGGCUCUAUCGGACCUGUAUGUAACCAUUGUGGCGGAUCCAAUGAGCAUUGUGGCUAAAUUGGAGGGUGAAAAUUUCUUCAAUGCUAUCCCGGGAUUAUGCCAAGCAAUAGCCUGUUUGUGCACUAUUGCUUGCGUCAACUCUCUCGGUUCAAUUACUCUGAUGAGUUUUAACAGGUACAUAUUUAUUUGCCAUCACAAGCACUACAACACUAUUUUUAAGAAACCGACAUGCGUUGCAAUGUGUUUUUGUCUGUACAUUGUUGGCCUGACGCUUGUGUUGUUAAAUUUGGCGGGAAUAGGAGACCACACUUUCGAUCGAAAAAGUCUUGAGUGCAUUUGGGAUCGCAUGGCCACUUACUAUUACACUGUAGCCUUUUCUGUCGUGCUAGUGUGGGUCCCAGUCGCUAUCACCGGGAUACUUUAUCUUAAUAUAUUUAUUACCGUACAGAGAAGCACUCAGAGGAUGAAGGAAGUUACAAACGCCAGUCGCAACCGGAAGUCAAUCAGACUUGCGCGCACACUGUUUAUUAUUUACGCCGUUUUCUCCCUCUGUUGGAUUCCGUACGCUUUGAUAAUUGUAAUAGACAAACACGACACGUUUCCCUAUGAACCUCAUCUGAUUCUCACUGCUAUUGGACACCUGCACCCGUCAAUCAACUGGCUGAUCUACUAUUUUACCAACACGAAAUUCCAGCAUGCCUUUAACGAACUGGUGAAGAUAGACAGACUAUGUAAGGUAUGUACACCAACAGUGAAAGAAGAGGCCGAUACGUCAAGGACCGAGAUAAACUUCAGCAGUGCUGCAACGAGAUCUCAAACUUACCCCACGACCGAAGAAGUCGAGUAAACUACAGACACGUGACCAUCCCGACCCUCCACCCCCAAAGCUUUAUUGACGUAGUGGACUUUUUUUUUUACUUUCCAACCCCCCCCCCCCCCAAAAAAAAAUGGGAAAAAAAUAAUAAAAGAAAUAUUAUUUUUCAUGAAUUACACCAACUUUAUUUGUAUGUAAUACAACGUAACGGGUGUAUUUCAUAUUCAUGCAUGAUUUUUACAAAAUCUUUGUAUCAUGUUAUUUUUGGAUUUGUUGUACAUGUAUAGUUAGAUCAGAAUCGUCAAAAAGUGUCUGAAAAUGAUU